AGAGAAAACUAAACAAAUAUCUUGGCAACAAGCCUCAUAUUCUACUGAGAUAACUUGCGAAUCAGACGUGCACGUGAACUUCAUGAUGAUUUUCGAAAUGAUUUUGAAGAAAACUUCGAAUCCUCAAAACGACGAUGCCAAGCCGGUUUAUCGGAAACGUUGGCAAUCGUCAACUAGGGAUUACCGGGUAAUCCAGAUCAAGGAUGAGAAUAGGAGGAUUAAGAUGAUUCUCCGAGCAACCAACAACUCCACCACGCCGGUGAUGGGAUCACCGCCGGCUGGUUUGAAGAGGCCUGCUUCGACCAUUAGGCAAGGAUCGGUUGCCAAAAAGAGGCGGACUGUGGGUGUGAGCCAACAUGCCCGCUAUCGUCACAGCAUCGCUAAGGCGGUUGCAAGAAGCGUUAAAAAGCCCACUGUCAAUGCCAGAAAGAGACUGUUGCCACUGGAUGAGGAGCCCUGUGAGCCCAAGAGGCCUUGCGUCACUGCAAAGGAGGACUGCGAUGGUGAGACCCAGGGCCCAAGCCUGGAUGAUGACUGGUUUAUCCAAGUUGGCCUUAGCGCUAAAGACGUUGAGAUACUGUACAGCGGGGAGUGGCUGACGGACGAUCACGUCACCGCGGCCCAGAAGCUGCUCCGCCGUCAGUUCCCGGCCCUGGCCGGUCUUCAGGAGCCCGUCCUCGGGGAAAUACUCCAGUUCGAGCCCAUGACCAAGGACGGAGCCCAGGUCAUGUUGAACGGGGGAGGACACUGGGUCACCGUCUGCAGGAAAGACGGGGAAGUCAAGUUGCUGGAUAGCAAGAAUGGCGGACUCACCCCGAAGCUCUCCCGUCAGAUCGUGAACCUGUGUGGGGAGAAGAAGGAGGAGCGAUCGGCAGCGGGCCUCCGGGUCCAGCUACCGGUGGUACACCCUCAGCGAGGGUCCAGCGACUGCGGGCUCUUCGCUUUGGCGUACGCUACUGAGGUAGCUUACGGGGGGAGCCCCGAGUUGGCUGUCUUCGAUCAGAGGGCGAUGAGGCAACAUUUGAGGCGUUGUCUGGAAUCACAAAAGAUGACACCCUUCCCUCGAAUGAGUUGCGCCCAAAGGACUCCCAGGAAUGUCGGGAAUAAAUCCCAGACAAUCCGGAGCUGAUUUACUCAUACAGUGUAGUAAUAUUUAGUCCGAGCAAGCCAUUUGAAUGAAAUGUCAAUUAGGCCUAUGUCAUCAUAAUUUGCUAUAUGAAUUUUUGUUCGGAUAUUAACUGGAUUGUGUACAUACAGAUCAAAUAUAUAUUUUUAUAUUUAAAAAAAAACUGUUCCCGGAGCUGAUUUACUCAUACAAUGUAGUAAUAUUUCACUCCGAGAAAGCCAUUUGAAUGAAAUGUCAAUUAUGUCAUCAUAAUUUGCUUUAUGAAUUUCUGUUCGGAUAUUAACUGGAUUGUGUACAUACAGAUAAAAAAAAUAUAUAUUUUUAUUUUAAAAAAAAAUGUACCAUAUAACCAAUAAGUAGCUUUUCACUAAUUGGUAUAUUUUUUUCUCACAAUUUAUCAUUACAUUAAGUCAUAAAAAAAGAGAAUAUACCUGUAUACAGUUAAAACAAACGACUGCUCAGUAAUGAGAACACGAAAACAGGGCUUUUUAUAUAUAUUUUUACUGUGAUAAUGAAGAGU